UGAAGUAGAAGAAAAGGUGAACACAGUAGACAUCAAGUCUCCACCGAAAGAUGUCGAGGAAAGUGACACCACCAAGUUAACUUUGCUGCCCCUAACGGCCACACCAGAGGGGCAUUUCGGUCAAUCCACACACUCCUUCGUUCGGCAAUCACUGUCUCCUUUCUCUCUUCGUUUUCACACCGUUUCUAGUUCCACUGUCACUGCACCACCUCCCACUCUCUCUUUCAAAACUCUCACCUCUCUUCUUCCCACCGAACUGGGUCGAGUUCAUCAGUGUCAAUGGAAACUGGGUCGAACUCAGAAUCGGUGAAAAGGGCCGAGCCUAGAAGCGUGAGAGGCGGCGCCGGUAACCGGCACGGCCAUGUUGCUGGAAACGUGGAGCCGUUUAAGCCGAGAACUGAGCAUAACCCGAGAGAGUUACGGUCAUGGGCUAAGAGAACCGGUUUCGUUUCUGAUUACUCCGGGGAAGUAGGAACCAGUGCGAGUGAGAAGUUUGAAUCGUUUGAGCGGAGAGGAGCUGGGUCUUCUCCCAAGAUAGAGAUAGAUCCGGUGCUGGGAAGGACGAGACAUGACAGGGGUAAUGAGAUCGAGCCAGCUUUGCAUGGAGGAGGGACGAGGACUGAGAAUGGCAAUGUUUUGGGUGGGGCUACAGUGAGGAGGGGGAGAGAAGAAGAAGAGAAUGAGCCUAUUUUGGGUUUGAAUCAUGAUGGUGGUAGGAAAGGUGGGUUCAGAGGGCAUGAGAAUGGUAAUGCCAAUGGGAUGGUGAAUAGGGAUAGCAAUGGUCAUGGUCAUGGAGUUUCUGCUGUUACUCCGGUGCCUGAGGAGAAGAAUGAGGAAGAGGGUGGGGGACAAGGGGAGGUUAAGGUUAAUCUGUAUCCGGAAGGGGAGGAGCCUGCAGAUGGAGAGUUGAAGGGACCGUCGAGAUUGAAGUGCGGGCUCAAAGAAAAUCCAGGCUUCGUAUCUCUUAUCUAUUACGGCCUACAGCACUAUCUAUCAUUGGCUGGCUCACUUGUAUUGAUCCCAUUAGUCAUGGUACCGGUCAUGGGUGGAACUGAUACGGAUACUGCUACUGUAAUUUCUACAAUGCUGCUUCUUUCUGGCAUCACAACCAUACUGCACUCCUACUUUGGUACCCGACUGCCUUUAGUUCAAGGGAGCUCAUUUGUGUAUUUGGCACCAGCAUUAGUUAUUAUAAAUGCUCAAGAAUAUCGUAAUCUUACAGAACAUAAGUUUAGGCACAUCAUGAGGGAGCUCCAAGGAGCUAUAAUUGUUGGUUCAAUAUUCCAAUGUAUCCUGGGAUUUAGCGGUUUGAUGUCUAUUCUACUCAGGUUAAUCAACCCAAUUGUGGUUGCCCCAACUGUCGCUGCUGUAGGUUUAGCAUUCUUCAGCUAUGGCUUUCCACAAGCUGGCAGUUGCAUGGAAAUUACCAUUCCACAUAUAGCACUGGUUCUAAUAUUCACUCUGUAUCUUCGAGGAAUAUCUAUCUUUGGGCGCCAAGUAUUUCGAAUUUAUGCUGUUCCCCUGAGUGUGACAAUAGUUUGGAUAUAUGCAUCCUUUUUAACAGCUGGCGGUGCAUAUAAUUACAGAGGAUGCAAUCCUGAAAUACCAAGUUCAAACAUUCUGACGGAUGCAUGUAAAAAACAUGCACAUACCAUGAAGCAUUGCAGGACUGAUGUGUCCAAUGCAUUAUCUACUGCUGCUUGGGUCAGAUUUCCUUAUCCUUUACAGUGGGGUAUUCCUAUUUUCCAUUUUAAGACUUCCAUAAUCAUGGUCAUAGUUUCGCUGGUUGCCUCUGUGGAUUCGGUUGGAACUUAUCGGACUGCAUCUCAGCAAGUUGAUUUGAGGCCACCGACUCCUAGAGUCGUGAGCCGAGGAAUUGCACUGGAGGGUUUCUGUAGCAUAUUGGCUGGUCUUUGGGGUUCAGGUACAGGGUCAACAACUUUGACAGAGAACAUUCACACAAUUAACAGCACAAAGGUGGCAAGUAGGAAGGCAGUGGUACUUGGAGCAGCUUUCUUGAUCCUGUUCUCAUUAAUAGGAAAAGUGGGUGCUCUACUUGCUUCCAUUCCACUGUCUUUGGCUGCUUCUGUACUGUGUUUCAUGUGGGCUCUGACUGUGGCAUUGGGCCUCUCAACUUUACAGUAUGGUCAAUCAGCCAGCUUCAGGAACAUGACAAUAGUAGGCGUUUCGUUGUUCCUCGGCAUGUCCAUCCCUUCUUAUUUUCAACAAUACCAACCUGAGUCCAGUCUCAUACUUCCCAGUUAUCUCAUUCCUUAUGCGGCAGCAUCAAGUGGUCCAUCCCAUUCAGGCAUUAAACAACUUGAUUUUGCCAUCAAUGCUCUUUUGUCCAUGAACAUGGUGGUAACAUUGUUGGUGGCAUUCCUACUGGACAACACUGUCCCUGGCAGUCAAGAAGAACGAGGGGUGUAUACAUGGUCGAAGGCCGAAGACAUCACCGCUGAUCCCUCACUGCAAUCUGAAUAUUCUCUGCCAAACAAAGUUGCCUGCUGUUGCUGUUGGUUCAAAUGAUUGCGGGUCUCAUUAUUCUUUUGUUCUCUUCUGUGUGGCUUAGAAGAUGAUAUAAGCAUAUUUCAGCUCACAAAGGAAAAGGUAAAUACCAUAUUAUAUUGGAUAAAGUUUUAAAAAAUGUCAGCUGUGCUUAAAAAAUUGGAAAGCUCCUUCCACACGCUAUUUGUCUGCUGGGGAAAAAUUGUGUAAUUACAUAUUUAUAACUUUUUAUUAAUUAGUAUAUCAUUUUUGUAGUUUCA